AAUCAUUUUCACAGUAUUCCUUUUUAUGUUUGAGGGAAAUCCUGCUAGGAACCUUUAAUAUGGAGGAACUGUUUCCCUGCACUUCAUUUCCACUCGGUAGACGUUGCUGUUGUACAAGGCUCUCAGUUGGUAUCGGCACGCCAUUGUGACUGAAGUACUGCACCCUACUUUUCCCUCACACAGUUUUUAAAACAACGACAAAGGGAAACGACGAUGGCUUCGGACUCUUGGGCCCAGGCUGUUGACGAACAGGAAGCGGGAGCAGAAUCAGUAAAUAUUGGAAACCUUCAACUAAAGGAUGCACCUGGAGAAAACGCAGGCAGUACUUUUGGAAAGUCAGAAGCGGGAGAUAAGACUCCAGGAAAGACUACAGAUGAAGAUGACCGUGAAGACAAAGCGGCCCAGUCAUUGUUGAACAAGUUAAUCAGAAGUAAUCUUGUCAACACCACAAAUCAAGUUGAAGUUCUUCAGAAGGAUCCCAACUCUCCACUGUACUCUGUAAAAUCCUUUGAAGAGUUGCGACUUAAACCACAGCUCCUUCAGGGUGUCUAUGGCAUGGGUUUUAACCGGCCCUCCAAAAUCCAGGAGACCGCCUUACCCAUGAUGCUCGCUGAACCUCCACAGAAUCUAAUCGCCCAGUCUCAGUCAGGAACAGGAAAAACCGCUGCCUUUGUGCUUGCCAUGCUCAGCCACGUCAAUCCAGACCACAAAUAUCCCCAGUGCCUGUGUUUGUCACCCACCUAUGAACUGGCGCUUCAGACUGGCAAAGUUAUUGAGCAGAUGGGCAAAAACUACCCUGAAGUCAAACUAGUUUACGCCAUACGAGGAAAUAGGCUGCAGCGAGGCGUGAAGCUUCAGGAACAGAUAAUCAUUGGCACGCCCGGCACCAUGCUGGACUGGUGCAGCAAAUUGAAGUUCAUUGAUCCCGAGAAGAUUCAGGUGUUUGUGCUGGAUGAGGCCGAUGUCAUGAUCGCAACGCAGGGUCACAAAGACCAGAGUAUUCGCAUCCAGAGGAUGCUGCCCAGAAACUGCCAGAUGUUGCUGUUCUCAGCUACGUUUGAGGAGACCGUGUGGGACUUCGCCAGGCGCGUCGUGCCUGACCCAAAUAUCAUCAAAUUGAAAAGAGAGGAGGAGACGCUGGAUACUAUCAAGCAGUACUAUGUGUUGUGCAACAGCAAGGAGGAAAAGUUUGAAGCCCUGUGCAACAUCUAUGGCGCCAUCACCAUAGCCCAGGCUAUGAUUUUCUGCCAUACAAGGAAGACCGCAGGCUGGCUGGCGGGAGAGCUUUCCAAAGAGAACCACCAGGUGGCGCUGCUUAGCGGGGAGAUGCAAGUAGAGCAGAGGGCAGCUGUCAUUGAACGCUUCCGGAAUGGAAAGGAGAAGGUGCUUGUCACCACAAAUGUCUGUGCCAGAGGAAUUGAUGUGGAGCAGGUAUCGGUGGUGAUCAAUUUUGACCUGCCUGUAGACCAGGAGGGUAACCCAGACAACGAGACCUACCUUCAUAGGAUUGGCCGCACGGGUCGGUUCGGCAAAAGGGGGCUGGCCAUCAACAUGGUGGACAGCAGAAUGAGUAUGAACAUUCUCAACAGGAUCCAGGAGCAUUUUAAUAAGAAAAUUGAAAAACUCGACACACACGAUCUGGAUGAAAUUGAGAAAAUCGCCAACUGAAAGACAAGUGUGCUGACAAAGUGGACGCCAGCUAGACUUGCGCUCUGCAAAGACUGUAUGCUUCUUUAUGCUGGCUUUUUAAGUUUGUAUUUUAAGCCGUUAGGGUGGAGGGGGUAAAACCACAUAUACUGCACGUUUACAUACACUUCAGUCUGUGGAACAUACCCUAUUUCACUCUUUUUACUAUAAUAUUUUAUUUUGUAAUGCUGAAAAAGCUUAACUGUCAAGUAACUCCUAAAACCCCAUUUGACUCUGCUUUUCAUACAUAUAUGAACAUUUUUCAUGAAUGUAUCCUCUUUAGGUCAUUACAACAUUGACAGUGUGUGGAAA